CCUUAAAGUGUGGUUUGUUGUUGCUGGUCAUGGUCAAAAUUCCCCAAAACCUCCCAAAGGAAUGCUUUAUAAAUUUAGAAAACAGAAACAGAAAACCCCAAAACCAAAGGGGGAAGGAAGGGUCAAGUACAGUGUAUAAUCUCUUCCUCUUUCUUUAGAACCAAGAAACAUCCAUACACAACCCCUCCCUCCCCCCUCUCUACACAGAUCUGUCAAUUAUUUUUCCAGAAAAAAAAAACCCAGAUUUUCUAAGUAAUCAAGUAAUGGGUAUUUGACCAUGAAAGCAAUUCAAAGGUCUCAUAUAAAGGGCUGGACAAGCAUCGAGGUUCAUACCAGAGAUUUCUGUUUUGGAAGUUUGUGACGUGGGUUUGGAAAUUGAGGGGAAACUAGGAGGGAAAGUAGGGUGUGGGUGUUUUCUUUAAAAUAGCAAUGAACAAUUCAGUUGCUGGAUUUGGGUGAUAAUAUGUGAGAGGGAUGGUGACAACUUCAUUGAGGAAAAUUAUAACCCCCUGUUGGAAGCCUUCUGUCCAGUCUGAAGGUGAAAAUAGCAGCAGAGGCAGGGACGCGGGUGGUCGGGUUGAUGGAUUGUGGUGGUAUAAGGAUUCUGGGGAACAUAUUAAUGGGGAAUUUUCAAUGGCGGUAAUACAAGCCAACAAUACAUUGGAAGAUCAAAGCCAACUUGAGUCGGGGCCAAUGAGUUCGAUUGAAUCGGGUCCUCAAGGGACAUUCGUUGGAAUAUACGAUGGCCAUGGUGGUGCAGAAGCAGCUCGGUUCAUUAAUAAGCACCUUUUCGACAAUAUCAAGACUAUUCAUGGUGCAGAGUUCACAACAGAGAACCAGGAGAUAUCAGAGGAUGUUAUAAACAAAGCUUUUUUGGCUACGGAAGAGCAGUUCCUUUCUGUAGUAAAGAAGCAAUGGCUGAGUACACCACAACUUGCUUCUGUGGGGUCGUGUUGUUUGGUGGGGAUAAUUUGUGGUGGACUGCUGUACAUUGCAAAUGCAGGAGAUUCUCGUGCGGUAUUGGGGAGACUCGAGAAGGAAGUGAAUUACGUUGAAGCUAUUCAAUUAUCAUCUGAGCACAACGCAAACUUGGAAUCUGUGAGAGAGGAAUUGCACAUAUUGCAUCCCAAUGACCCACAGAUUGUUGUCUUAAAGCACAAGGUUUGGCGUGUAAAGGGUAUUAUCCAGGUUUCAAGAUCCAUUGGUGAUGCCUAUUUGAAGAAUUCAGAGUUUAACAGAGAACCUCUACUGCCAAAGUUUAGACUGCCCGAACCCUUUGACAAGCCAAUCCUAAAAGCUGAACCAUGCAUACUAGUGCACAAGCUAUACCCGGAAGAUCGAUUUCUUAUAUUUGCAUCUGAUGGCCUGUGGGAGCAUCUUGGCAAUCAAGAGGCAGUUGACAUUGUCCACAACUGCCCUCGUAACGGUAUUGCCAGGAGACUUGUCAAAGCUGCACUAAGGGAAGCAGCAAAGAAAAGGGAAAUGAGAUACUCUGACCUGAAAGAUCUCGAUCGUGGGCUGAGAAGACAUUUUCACGACGAUAUCACCGUUAUAGUGUUGUUUCUAGACUGCCAUCUGAUUAGUCGCAGUUACUACCGGGGGCCUACUAUUUCAAUCAGAGGAAGUGAAGGUGUUCCUGCAGAUGCCAAAGCUUAGUUCAAGAGGUUCUUAACAUACAUUACUAAAACCCAGUCUCUCUUAUGUGUUUUAAGAUUUCCUUUUUUAUUUUUGGUCAUUUUCGCUUAUACAACAGAGGACUAAACGAAAGUAUCUAUGUAUAGCUGGUGCUUCUUGAAUAGGACUUGCCCCAUGGGGAUCUCAUAUGAUGGUAGAGUUUAUGAUUGAGCCAGGGAAAAACUGUCCCUUGAUUGGCACAUGAAACUGGAAAAAUAAUAAGCUACCAUUUAUAACAGAUACGGGUUUUACCGCA